GCAGAAGGCAGGAAGCGCUAUAGCUCGUAUCGGGGCGCGGGACCGGUAACCGUGGUUGGUCGGCUCUCCUCGGAGCACGCGGAGGCGAACGGGGAAGCAGCAUUAUGGCGGAGCAGGAUGUAGAAAACGAGCUCCUGGAUUACGAAGAAGAUGAAGAGCCCCAGGCUCCUGCAGAGAGCACCCCAGCGCCCCCGAAGAAAGAUGUCAAGGGGUCCUAUGUUUCAAUCCACAGCUCUGGCUUCCGGGAUUUUCUGCUGAAGCCCGAGCUCCUGAGGGCCAUAGUAGACUGUGGCUUUGAGCAUCCAUCUGAGGUUCAGCAUGAGUGUAUUCCCCAAGCCAUCCUGGGCAUGGAUGUCCUGUGCCAGGCCAAGUCUGGAAUGGGCAAGACAGCAGUCUUCGUGCUGGCCACCCUACAGCAGAUCGAGCCUGUCAACGGACAAGUGACGGUUCUGGUCAUGUGCCACACUCGGGAGCUGGCCUUUCAGAUCAGCAAGGAGUAUGAGCGCUUCUCCAAGUACAUGCCCAGUGUCAAGGUGUCCGUGUUCUUCGGGGGUCUUUCUAUCAAGAAAGAUGAAGAGGUGUUAAAGAAGAACUGUCCCCACAUUGUGGUGGGGACUCCAGGACGCAUCUUGGCACUCGUGCGAAACAGGAGCCUCAACCUGAGAAACGUGAAACACUUCGUGCUGGAUGAGUGUGACAAGAUGCUGGAGCAGCUGGACAUGCGGCGGGAUGUACAAGAGAUCUUCCGCCUGACACCCCAUGAGAAGCAGUGCAUGAUGUUCAGUGCCACCCUGAGCAAGGAGAUCCGGCCCGUCUGUAGGAAGUUCAUGCAAGAUCCCAUGGAGGUGUUUGUGGACGACGAGACCAAGCUCACGUUACAUGGACUACAGCAAUACUAUGUCAAGCUCAAAGACAGCGAAAAGAACCGCAAACUCUUCGACCUCCUGGAUGUGCUGGAGUUUAACCAGGUGACACUGCUGUUGCCUGUUGUGGGGUUCUGGGCCUUAGGAAGAACAGUGCAUGGGGACCCUGGCUCUGACUCCGCUGCCUCCCUCUGGCAGGUGGUGAUCUUCGUGAAGUCAGUGCAGCGCUGUAUGGCCCUGGCCCAGCUGCUCGUGGAGCAGAACUUCCCAGCCAUCGCCAUUCACAGGGGCAUGGCCCAAGAGGAGCGCCUGUCACGCUAUCAGCAGUUCAAGGACUUCCAGCGGCGGAUCCUGGUGGCCACCAAUCUGUUUGGCCGAGGGAUGGACAUUGAGCGAGUCAACAUCGUCUUCAAUUAUGACAUGCCUGAAGACUCAGACACCUACCUCCACCGGGUGGCCCGUGCGGGUCGCUUUGGCACCAAAGGCCUGGCUAUCACUUUUGUGUCUGAUGAGAAUGAUGCCAAAAUCCUCAAUGAUGUUCAGGACAGGUUUGAAGUAAAUGUGGCAGAGCUUCCUGAAGAAAUUGACAUCUCUACAUACAUCGAGCAGAGCCGGUAACUACCCACUCACCUGACAUCCUGGAGCCACCCUUCUUCCCACCUGCUGCUUCAAGACUUUCUAGGCUGCCGUGGGGCUUUCUUUUUACUGUUCAAAAGCUGUAGAUUUGUGUAAGAAUAAAUUUUUAUUAUGGAA